CUUUGCAUAAACCUCUGUCUUUGUUCGCAUCACCUAUCAGCUUACUACUACUAUACGUACAUAAUCUAUAAACUAUGUAGAUAUGGCGGCAGACGAGGUGUUGAGAAAAUGGACCACCGGGGAACUGAUAGGUCUAUAGGCUGUGUUUGUGUUUGUGCGUCUUGCAGUCCCAUCACGCAAUAUGGCGACUCGACGGAGACGACGACCUCGACGGUGGCGGAGGACCCGAAGAUCUACAAGAGUCGGUGGCGCUCCAUCCGGGUUAUGUACCUGACGAUGUUCCUCAGCAGCGUCACAUUCAGCAUUACGAUGACGUCCAUCUGGCCCUUCCUACACCUGCUUGAUUCAGAGGCAUCAACUGAUUUCCUUGGUUGGGUAGUGGCAUCGUACAGCGUAGGCCAACUUGUCGCUUCGCCAAUAUUCGGAUUUUGGGCCAACAUCCGGAAAAAGAGUCGCGACCCGCUAGCUGUUUCCUUGGUGAUAGAACUACUGUCCAACGUGAUGUACACCUACAUGGAAAGCUUCCCCAGCUACCAGAAGUACUAUCUUAUCCUUGCCAGGGGCCUGAUUGGUUUCGGUGCAGGUAACGUGGCGGUUGUCCGGUCGUAUGUGUCAGGUGCCACGACUGUCAAGGAACGGACUGGAGCCAUGGCCAACGUCAGCAUCUUCCAGACUGUCGGCUUCAUUCUAGGUCCAGCGAUCCAAGCAGCACUGGUCCCUCUGGGACACCCGGGGCCCAUCCACAAGAUAUGGCUUCAUCUCGACAUGUACACGGCGCCGGGCUAUUUCGGCGCCAUCCUCUGCAUCAUCAACAUCGUGCUGUUGAUCGUCGUGUUUAGAGAACACAGGGUCGUGGACCGCGACCUCGAUGCCAACACAAACAUCCAAGACAGCAGUUACGAGGAAGUGGUCCCGGUGUACACUCCAGACUACCUGGCCGUCAUAUCGUCCAUCUGUAUAUUUUUCGUCGUCCUCUUCAUAUUCACGGUGUUCGAAACGAUUGCAACUCCGCUGACCAUGAACGAAUUUGCCUGGACGAAGGAUAAAGCCACAUUAUACAACGGAAUCAUUCUAGCAACGGCUGGCGCGGAGGCCAUUGCUAUUUUCAUGGGCCUCAAAUUCCUUUCAAAAAGAAUUAAUGAACGAUUCCUGUUGAUUGGUGGAUUCAUUCUCUGCAUGCUGGGAUACUUUGUAUUUUUACCUUGGGGAAACGAGCUACCAAUCCGCAGUCCGGCAGUGAUUGUGAUGAACUCGACCACUGGAGCCACACAAAUAUCCAAAGCCUUCAGUCUUCCAAUGUCCUGGAAUCCGUCAACAGUAUUACCGUUAGACUCCAACAAAACCACAGCCACGACACCGUCGCCACUGUCAUAUGCACCAUUCAAUCUGUACUCAAGAGAUUUCACAACAUCAGCAUCGCCAUCUGCAUUGACUUCUAUGGCCACAGCUACGUCAGUGUCAACCAGUGAUGCAUAUUCCAGUAGCAACACAAAAACAACAGUUACAGGAAGUUCUAUAACCGGAAUAGAAAACACAACUUCUUUUACGACAAGCACUAUAACUAGUAGUAUACACAGUACCAAGGUUCUUUCUAGUAGUAUUACGCCACACCAAAACACGUCGACGGCUAGCACGGUUGGUACGACGUUUCCAGUGACAACCACCGUGACAGCAGCGACAACAACAGUGGAGCUGGAAGGGUGUCCCUCCACGAUGUCUUGGUGCGACGACACGCCGAGGAUAUACCUACCUCAGUAUCUCGUCGGGGUUUUCCUCAUAUCUGCUGGAUACCCGUGUACCAGUGUGAUGACGUACACCAUAUAUUCGAAAAUCUUAGGACCAAAACCACAGGGUACGUGGAUGGGUUGGCUGACUGCUUCGGGUAGUUUGGCAAGAACCGUCGGCCCUAUCUUUGUCUCGCAGAUUUACACGGCGUACGGACCAAGAGUCACUUUUGCCACAGACUGUGCUAUCGUUCUCGUUACGAUCAUAGGAGUGUGUAUCGUGUUUAAACGACUGGUACCAUUCACCUUCACUGGCAAAGUAAACGACUCCGCCACAGUUUAAAGUUACAUUGAUGACAUGUUACCAGUUUACAAAAUGAUAACUAACUCAGGAAUAUGAGGAAUGUUAAUUGAAAUACGGGAGGGAUCAAUUAGACAACAAGGUGCAGUAACUUUCGAAAGUAUGCGACUACUUCUUCACAGCAAUUUAAAGUUUGAAUGACAUGAAAUGUGAUCCAGUGCCAAAUUCAUCAAGAUUAUAAACUUUUUCGGACCGUUAUUUAUAAUUCUGACUGGGUUCAUUAAAUGCCAAAUUGUCAAGACAACUACCACAACAACAACAACAACAACAACAACAACAACAGAAGCACCAACAACAAUCGGACCGGAGACGAUUAGAUCUACGUUGGUAAAAGAAUUCUAGGAUUAUCUGUAAAUGGAGCACAGAAUUCUAAAUUUAUAAAGGAUGAUUUUUGGCUUCUGGUACUUUAAGAAUUAUUUUAAAAUCAGCAGAAGUAACCGGAUCCUA